AUAGUUCAGUGAUUGGUUGCUAUCAGGGAGCGAUCGCUAUGACUGAAAUUGAAAAAUUUGUAAGCUAACCCGUUCACAGAGCAUUGGUCUUUCUGGAUACAUCUGAAAUGCGACUUUGUAAACAAAUCCUUAGUCGAGGUUGAAAUCGAUCGAGAUAUCGAGACUGCAGAUACAAAUGUCGCAAAGAAAGAGAAAAUUUUAUGCACAAAUGCAUAAUGAAGUUCAGGCACGACAUACAUCCGAGGCAGUACGGAAGUGAAAUGUCACUACGUGUAUACAUAGUCGAAAAUUAAUGUAUUAAAAGCGAGAAAUAGUAUUUGACGUCUAACGUUAUAUAUAUAUUUGUGGAAAAUGAAGUUACAAUCAACGCGAUUCAUCUUUUCCGACGUUUCCUUUUAAGAUGAUUUUCAUUUAUGUUGUAUACGUUUGUAUCCGAUGCAGAAUUUCCUUUCUUUCCGUCGAUCGAACCAAUUUAUUAGUAUUUAUCGUUAAUUGAUAUGACUAAGAAUUAAUGUUGCGUUAAGUAAUUACGAAAUGUGUCAAGAUCUGCGUUUGUUUCCUCGAAUUGACGAAGUAAUUAGGCGAUGAAUGUGUUCAAAUGUGCUCGUGACAUUUUGAUGAUUUUGUCUGGAUUGAUUUGUUUACGAAUACUGCCAAUGUAUGGUUUUGUUUAACGAUAAUACGAUAUUGAUUACACGCAUACAUUAUGUAUACUAAACGCACUAAAAAAUUGUGAUAUCUACCUUUGAUAAUCCACGUGUUAAAUUUUUAAGGAUUUGUAUAACUUUGUAAUAAAAAUAAACAAUGCCUGCUAAAAAUAUUGCUGAUUGGACUCAAAGCGAUGUGUCACAUUGGCUUAUUGAGACAGGACAUCAAAAAUUCAUUGAUUUAUUUCUUGAACAUGAAAUCGAUGGAAAGGUACUGCUGACUCUAAAAGAGGAUGAUUUAAAGUCUAAAGGCAUGAAUAUAAAGAAAAUUGGGGAUCUAAAAAGAUUAUAUAUUAGUAUAAAACAGGUACAAAGAGAUAACAUGGCAGUAUUAUUUGAGUUGGGAUACGUUGAUUUAUUUCCUACAUCAAAUUUUUAUAACCAUCAUAAAAACGAAAUGCCUAGUACUGGUUUAAAUACCGAAGGUUCUAUAGAACAUGAAUUUUAUUCUGCAUCGGUAUCAGAAGAUGGUCAUGCAUCCCAUUUGCCACCCGAAAUUUGGAAAACUUUUAUUAGUUUAGCAUAUUUAUUUAUCGUUACGUGGAUUACUGCCUUUGUGAUGGUCAUUGUUCAUGAUAGAGUGCCUGACAUGAAAAAAUAUCCACCAUUACCUGACAUAUUUUUAGAUAACGUGCCACAUAUUCCCUGGGCUUUCGACAUGUGCGAAGUCACAGGAACCAUACUGUUUGCAAUAUGGCUCAUUGUACUAAUUUUUCACAAAUACAGAUUUAUCUUAUUACGAAGAUUUUUUGCUUUAUCUGGUACAGUCUUCCUCUUAAGAUGCGUUACAAUGCUUAUUACUUCCUUGUCAGUACCGGGCGCACAUUUACAGUGUCAACCACGAACAGUACCUGAAGAUUGGACAAGCGCUGCAUAUGUCGAGCUAUACAAUAAGAUUGCCAUGGCUUAUGUUAUAUGGCGCGGAGCUGGUAUGUCUAUUCAAGGUGUUAGAACCUGCGGCGAUUAUAUGUUUAGCGGCCAUACUGUUGCACUCACUAUGUUAAAUUUUUUCAUUACCGAAUAUACUCCAACACCGCUGUAUUUUUUACAUACAUUUACUUGGAUGCUCAAUAUGUUUGGUAUAUUUUUCAUCUUAGCAGCACACGAGCAUUAUUCCAUUGACGUUUUUGUAGCAUUUUACAUAACUUCUCGACUAUUUCUAUAUUAUCAUACAUUAGCGAAUAACCAGGCAUUAAUGCAACGCGAUUCGAAUAGAACAAGAAUUUGGUUCCCGUUAUUUAGUUUCUUUGAAUCUUCCGUUGAUGGUAUCGUUCCAAACGAAUACGAGUCGCCAUCUUUGAUCGUUUAUAAUCUAGUAUGUACAGGUAAAGACAUUUGGCAUUUGGUAAGAUCUUCAAUUUGUUUUCGUAAAUCGUGGCGUAGUGUCAAUGGUACUGUUAAAAGUAACACAAAGAAAGAACGCUAACCAAUUUUACCGAUUCUAUCGGUUUGUAUUUAUUUGAUAAUAGGAUCGAAAAUAUUAAUUUUAUUUUAUAAUUCGCUUCACACGUGAAAUAAAAAGGAAGAAAGUGAAAAGAAAUUAACUCUAAGUAUUUAUUUUUCUAAGUUACGUGAUAGUUAAUACAGUGACCUGGUUGUUAUUAGAAUAAAUUUAUAUGGUUCGCCUAGAUUUUUGUACCGUUUAUCAAAUGAUCAUUCGUAACAUAAUAGUUCAAUUGAACUACAUCUCAGUCUUUCGAAGUAAGUUUUAACCGAUAAUAUGUUACGUUACUGCGGUAUUUAAUUAAUAUGAUUUGUCACAAGUUCAGUUUCUUUUUUCGUUCAAUUAACAUUAUAUAUUUAUCUUAAAAUAAUUUUAUAUUUUUGGUUAUAUUAAUUAUGAGAAUAUUCUUUCUGCCCGAAUACGUAAAGUGUUACACGAAAUUCGCUGUAAGAUGUUGAAAACCUUAAGUUUUUUAAAUAACAAAGAUUUAAUGUUAAAUAAGUGUGAUGAUUUUAACUAGAGAUAGCGAUUUUUGCAUCUGCCGCGGUGUUGUAGUAAUAUAUUUUUGUUGGUUAAAUGGGUACAAUUCUAGAAAUAUAUUUAAAGUGUUGCGCUCUGGAUUAAAGUUAAAGGUUAAUAAACGUCGCGAUGAUGGAUUUUUUAGAUGGACUUGAAGAAUGAAGAUGCAUUAAUAAAAAAAAAAUCCAUAUAUCAUUUUAUUCUAUAACUUUUGAUAUGGGUCUUGACGAGAUAGAAGAAUGGUCUAGUGCGAUAUGAUGUAGAAAUAUACAUAGCUUUUCCACCUUUAAUUCGUAUAUAUUUUUUACUAAAGCGAAGUGCGAACUAAAGGAUUCGAUUCUCGAAUCUAUUUAAACAGCCAUUAUUCAGGUCUGAUCCUUGUCGUUCGUUUCUACUUGCCCGACAAAACCUGCGCGAAGUAGUGAAGGAUGCGUAUGCACAGACGAAAAAUCUAGUGACUACGUGACGGUCAUGAUCAGACUAUCCAUUGAAUACGCUCAGAUUGUAUGUGUAUGUAAAUGCGUAUGUAUAUAUGUAUUAUCGUAUAUGUAAUUCACGUACAUUAAUAGUCCAGUUUUUCGUGCGAUUUAAACAGAAUAGAAGGUAAACAUUUAACUUUCUUCUAAGAAUGAAUAAUCAAUAAGAGGCUACAUGUGAAGCGAUUCAUGAUAUUUAUAUUUCUUAUAAAUAAUAUUCUGGUUAGAGUUUA